AUGUACGGCCUUCUGUUUCUUCUGGCCAUUGCUGGGGUUGCUGCAGCCCAGGACAAUCAGACUGUCCAGGCGCAAAAGGAGCCACCAACUCCGUCGUCAACAGAAGAACCGCUGUUCUCGGUGGCAGGCGGAGGCGGGUACGGACAUCCGACGUGUCAAGCUGUGACGACAACUCGGACAGUGUGGAAAGACAAGCCGUAUACCUUAACCAUCACGCAACCAAAGGAAACAAUCACUACUACCUGCUACGAGACCACAACUCUCCACGAAACCACAACUCUUCACGACACCACGACAUCUACAUCUACAACUACUUGCACAGUGACUACCACAGCGCCAGGUUUCAACAUCACUCAGACAGAGACGACAACCAAAACUGACUCAAUCUACAUCACUAUCACUGGACCUCCGGUGCCUGGACAAAAUUUCACUGUCACGGAAACCACGUACCCUGACGUCAACGACGACUUGUACUACAACACAAACUGUGACCACUUCGAAAGACGUAUACACCACGGUUCCGGGUCCUACGGAGACUACCACAUAUACUACGACGAUCAUCAGCCCAUCGAAACAUGGCACACCACAGAUGUCUCAACCUUCCACACAACAGAUGUGUCGACUUUCCACACCACAGACUGGUCGACCUAUAUCAGCGUCUCGACCACCACGUACAAGAGCUACAUCACCGAAUAUAUUACCACGAGUUAUCCAGUGACAGUAAACCAAACCAUAACGGAGUGGCGAACCACCUACAUCAGCACCGUACUGACUUCGACGCUGACGAGCUAUAUCACUGAAACUUCAACGCGAGAAAUCUCAGUUCCAGGCCCAACGAUACGAGAAACCGAGGUCUCAACGCGAGAGCACCGCGACCUACUCAACCUGGUUAACAUCAUACAUUACCUCUUGGUACUUGACAACAGUCACAGAACCAGGGACAACCUAUACGUCUUGGAUUACAUCUGUAAUAACUUCAUUCGUGCCCACUACUACCACGACAAGCUUCCCGUAUACUGUUGA